AAUUUGUCUGUCAUUCAAAAUGUGGGAACAGCUGGAAAGAUACCGCAAUCAUUUUUUGCAACAUGAAAUGAAAGAUGUGAUGAAGCCAAGCACCGUCAACUGUCUGCAGAGCACAGAGUGGGAUAAAUUCAGAAAGCAGCGCGAUUGCUGUCUCAGAUUCCCACAGCAAUGCGCCAAGAGCUCCACCUAUUUCCUAGAUCGCGCUCAGCUGGCCUAUGGCUACUUUGCAUUGCCCAAGCUGAUGAAGGAAAUCGACAGCGAUGUCAAUCUAACCCAUUGGCGUGCCAUUGUUUCCCUGACCGAAUUUCUGCUCAAUCCACAAAAUGUGCAACGUGCUAUACUCGAGAUGGAUAUCGUUAGAAAACUUAAGAAUGCAUUUAUGCGAAAACGUUUGAAGCUUCACGCGGAGCACUUUGAGGAGAUUGAGAUUUAUUUGAAGAUAUUUAACAUAAUUUCUCGCAAUUUGAAUGGCGCCGAGCAAAUCGCGAAUCGCAAAUGUUUAAUGAUUGAGUUCUAUAAAAUUCUGAAGGACAUGGAACCGCGCAAGGAAGAUCUCGCCGCCGAGAUACUGCGCAAUCUGACGGGCAAGCCAAAGGUGCUGGGCAUUGUGCUAUCGGAUGCCGAGAACUUGACCUCCGUGGCCAAUUACCUGAAGCAGGAUCCCUGCAAGCCGCUGUAUCCGUCCGACAUGUGGCACCAUCUCUGCCACAUGCUGGAGGUGGCGCCCGAGCAGGGCAUCGAGCUGGGCCUGUUCCAGCUGCUGCACUCGCGCAUCGUCAAUCGGCUGGCCAAGUUCUGGGAGAUGAACUGCAAGGCGUUCGCUCUGCUGCUGCGCUGCUCGGAGGGGCAGCGUCUGUUCGACGAGGUCGACGGCAUCAAGCUGAUCUUCGACAUAUUCGAGGACAAGUGCAUUCCCGCCGAGCAGCAGCUGCACGAUCAGCCGGUGCUCAGCUACGAGUACAUUGUGCUCGCCCUGCUCAACGGCCUCCAUAGCAAGCGGGCGCUGUGGCGCAUGCGCGAAUUCACGCUGCUCAUCUGCCACGUGGGACGCGCCAUGCACACCCGGACGAACGCCCGGCUGCAGCUCUACUGCCUGAAGGCGCUCCGUGCGAUGGCCGUGAUGCCGUGCAACAAGCGCUACAUCAUCGGCAACUGGCUGGACGAGAUCAGCGCCCUGGUCUGCUACAGCGCCGACGCGGAAUGCGCCCGGGAUGCUCUCCUCGAUUGGCUGCGCCGCGACAUCGCCGACAAUAGCUGA